GGCAAGACUAAACAAAUGGAUGUGCAGACUCCUGCUGCAACAUAUCUUCGAGCUUCCCCAAAUCUGCAUUCUUUCUUCCACUCACUAAUUACUUUAUUAAUUAUAUUAAUCACAAUCAUUUCUGUCUCAGACCAAAAUCCCCGAAGCCGGCUUUUGUCAGUUUCGAGUAAUUAACAUCAAGAGAAAGGAAAGAAACCAAUUUCAAACGCCACGGGAAUUAUCGAUGGUGACGGCUUUUCAGUUCUCUCGUGCACUGCGCGCGGUGGGCCCCACCCGAACAAACAAACAGUUUCGACGACUCCCACCAGUUGGUUAAAAUAAAACGCCCCAUUUUCCCGUGCUUUCCACCUGAAGCAACAACUCGACAACAAUGGAGGAAGUAGUAGUGGAAGACCUGUUCGACCGCCUUCCCGACUCCCUCAUCUUCAUCAUCUUCAACAGCGUCUCCGACGUCAAGACCCUGAUCCGCUGCCGAUCCGUGUCGAAGCGGUUCAACUCGCUGGUCCCGGAGACCGAGUCGCUCUCCCUCCGCGUCGAUCGAGUCAUCUCCUCCUCCACGUUCUUCGACGACGACGACUCCUCCCCGUUCCUCGAUUUCUUCAAGUCAAUCGUGCAGUCCAUCCAGGGCCUGCUCAAUUUCGACCUCGGCGACGACGACGAGGAAACGGAUGUUCAGAAUUGCUACUCGCCGGGGCAGAUACUGUCAGGAUUCGAGCGAAUCCGGCGGCUCGAAAUCGAGCUCCCGUCGGGGGACCUGCAGAUGGAGAAGGGCGUGCUGGUGAAAUGGAGGGCGGAAUUCGGGACCACGCUGAAGAAUUGCGUGAUCCUCGGGUUUCGGAUUGGGAAUUCGGAUGAGGAUUCGGAUUCUGAUUUGGAUUUGGAGCAGGGGAUGAAGACGGUGGUGGUGUGGACGAUCAGCGCGCUGAUCGCGGCGUCGGCGAGGCACUACCUGCUGCGGGACGUGGUGGCGGAGGGGAUGGAGCGGUUGGUGUUGAAGGACGCGGAAGGGGAAGGGACGCUGGUGAUGGAGGAGGACGGGCUGCGGGAAUGGAGUAGGUCGGCGGCGGCGGAGGCGGAGGUGGAGGUCGGCGGCGGCGGAGAUGGAGGUUGGGAGGGGAGGAGGACGGUUUUGCCGAGCGUGAGGAUGAGGAUGAGGCACCAGCGGAAGCUGCGGCUGGAGAGCGGCGCGUGGAUUCAGAGCGCCACGCUGGUGGUUGUACGGCCUUCGUCGGGCGGCGGCAGCGAUGACGUGGCGGUGGAGGAGGAGGAGAAGGGCGACGGCGAGAUGGCGAUGGCUGCUUAUGGAGGUGGGGCCUACGAGGACGUUGUUGGAGCGCUGCUGAAGACAAGGAGCUAUUCGCUUGAGAUGAACUCGUUCUAGCCAUUGCUUAAUUAGCUAGAAGACGAAAAGAGAUAACCAAAUUUGGCUAAUGACUCCAUGUCUGUUGGUGGACGAUGAACCAAUUUUGUGUGGCUCAGUCGUCUUCCUCGUAAUGGUUGUUUGGAUAAUUGGAUCUUUGUUUGUGAUGGAUGUUGUUUACUGACGAAGAAGUGUGAUUUCCAUCUGUAAGUCGUUCAAUGAUCAGUUUAUAGUUAAUACAUUUACAUCUGUAACAUUCCAUCAUAUACUUGACUGAUAAGAUUUGUGAUCGAUGUUGUUUUCAUUUUUAAUCAGUAGCGUUCUUUAUUCUGAUGAAAUAUGUUGUUGACUUGACUCCAUAAAAAUAAUUAGAAGAUAGUGUGAACAAAAAUUAAAAUGUUUUUUUUCCCCGGAAAUUCACAAAAAAAAAAAUCUAAGCAAGUGUUUAUGAAGCCCCUAUAACCAUCACAACCAAAUUAUAGAAGGAUCAGUGUGUUUUGCGAACGAAAAUGAGAUGAUAACAAACAGAUUGUUCUUAU